AUGGUAUCACUAUCUCUUCUAAUUGCAAUAAUAGUUGUAACUGGAUUGCUGGCUGGAUUUAGGCACUAUGGAUCCUCAAGGUGUAGGACAGUUCCCUUUAAGAUCAAGUCGAGAAGCAUCGAGAAAACAGCAUCCACAAGGCUGCUUGGCAUGUCUCUGGAAGAUGCAAUGAAGAGAUAUCCAUUGUUUAAUUUUUAUCCAGGGCAGUCAAUUAGAGAGAUCCUGAGCAGCUGGGAGAGAGUGACAUACGGAAAUGGAGAGACGAUAGCAGCGCCUGGAUUUAUAUUACAGGGCUUGGUGGAGAUAUGGUACAGGGAGCACCUUGUUUGUGUAAAAGAAAAAGGUUCUUUUCUUAAUGGAUCUAUGGAGCUGCUGGGAUAUAGCACAAGAGGAACCAAAAAAGCAAGGGGCUCUGUCGAGGUUCUUCUGAUUGAUGCAUCUCUAGUUAGAGACAACAUCUGGUACAUUCUGUUUUCCAUGCUUAGAAAGUCAUGCAUUGAGAUAGCCUGUAGAUACUUUGAAUUGGAGAGCAAGCUGGUCGAAAAGGAAACUAUGAAGAUCAAGGAUGAUGGCCAAGGCCAUUUGGACUUAUUCUUGUCCUUUUUAAACGAAAAGCUUUUGUUGAACCUGGACGAUGGAAAGGAGAUUCUCAGAAGGGACAUUGAAGCGAGGCUCAUUGGCAGAGGCGAGACUAUCAAAGACAGCGAAGAGUCUAUGGACUACAUAAUGUAUGUGGUUUCUGGAGAGAUUUUAGUACUGGCCGGCGAAAGUGCCUUUGUUUUUGGAAAAGGAUCUGUCUUUGGAUAUUUUUCUCUAUUCUUCGACUUAUAUUCGUCGAUAAAGAUCCAGGCAAGAGAGGAUUCUUCAGUCCUUCUGUGCAGCUCAUCAGUUUUGCUUAAGUUCGGGCUAGAUGAAAAGAAAUUCGACCAUUCCAUGCUGUUAGACAUCGAUGAGUCUCUCCAUAUUAUAGAUGAAUCUGCUGAGUGGAUGAGGCUUUUGCCUGGAGAUAUGAUUGCUCAGAAGGGAGACGCUUCAAAGGAGAUCUUCUACAUUGGAGCGGGAAGUGUGAAAUCUGCAUCUAGGGAGUCUUCAUCUGGAACGGUGAUCGGAGGCAAGGAGUGCAUCUUUGGAGAGAGUUGGAACGAGUCGUCCAUAGCAACUAGAAUAACAGAUGUUGUUCGGAUUCCGUCUCUUUUGGUUGACUACUUUCUUGAAAGGGAUAAGAGCUUUUUUAAGAAAUACACCAAAAGACUGUUUGAGAGUGGAAACAAGGCGAAUGGAAAGAUAGUCAGCAUAAUCCCUGUUGGGCAAUACAAGGACAUCGAAUCUUUUUCAAGGAAGCUCAAGUCUGCAAUUGGCGCUUCUUCUUUGCUCCUCAGCCGUAGAGAUGUUGUUGAAAUCCUUGCAAGAAGAGCGUUUGAUACCACUGAAGAGGUUAGAUUUAUGGACUAUCUUACAAAGAUGUCGAGGCGUUACGAAAUUAUUCUUAUCUAUGUGGAAAAUGAGUAUUCCAGGUUGCUUAGGUAUUUGCUAAACUUUUCGGACGUUCUGCUGGCUGUUGGAACGACCUUUGCAGACAUCCCCGAAUAUAACGUCUACUGCAGGAUCGAAUUUGUUAAGAUCUACGAGGAAAGAAGAGCUUCUGACGAAAGAAGUGUCAAGAAAAGCAAAAAGAUCAACCACGGACCCCGGUACCUAGAAAGCAGGAAAGAAAGCUUUGGACAAUAUGAUAGAGUUCAUCAUGUUUUGUUUCCUUCGAAAACCAUGUUGUUCUGUUCCAAAGACUUUCAGAGACUUGCAAGGUCAUUGCUGGGAAAGAGAAUAGGCCUUGUUUUGGGUGGAGGAGGAGCAAGGGGCCUAGCUCACAUUGGAGUUAUCCAGGCUCUUGAAGAAGAAGGAAUUCCUAUAGAUUGUGUUGGAGGCACAAGCAUGGGGGCAUUCAUCGGCGCCCUAUAUGCGAAAGAAUGUAACAACUACCACGUAUUUAAACAAGCCAAAAGAUUUUCCAGAAAGAUGUCGAAUAUAUGGAUUCUUUUACUGGAUCUGACCUACCCCAUUUGCUCCAUGUUUUCUGGCCAUGCAUUUAACAGGUCACUCCACUCUAUCUUUGGAGAUGGGCUAAUUCAGGAUCUAUGGCUGGAGUACUUUUGUAUCACCACCAACAUAGUCAGCUAUGAAGAAGAGGUGCAUAGAAAUGGAAUGGUGUGGAGAUAUGUUCGAGCCAGCAUGGGGCUCUGUGGAUAUCUGCCUCCAAUAUGUGAUAACAAGAAGCUACUAGUUGAUGGAGGGUAUCUAAACAAUGUUCCUGCAGAUGUCAUGAUGGGCAUGCAGGUUGAGAAGAUCAUCACUGUGGAUGUUGGAACGGUCUUGGAGAACGACCACUUUGACUAUGGGGAUACUCUCAGCGGAUUUACCAUUCUGUUCAACAAGUUUUUUGGAAACAAAAAGUUUGUGACGAUGGAGGAGAUUCAAUACAGGCUGGCCUACAUUUCUACUGAGCGAAAGAUGAAAGAGCUUGAAGCAAAUGGAAAUAUAAUUAUGCUGAGACCUGACCUCGGGAAAUACAGGACUAUGGACUUUAAGAAGUUCGAUGAAAUUGUUGCAUGUGGAUACCAGUCUACGAAGAAUGCAAUCGCAAAAUGGAAACAGGAGGGGACUUACGAUGUUCUUUUCUUUAGUCUGAAGAAGCAAACGCCAAAAAGAAGAUAUUCUGUGUGA